AUGGCUCGCCGGCGUAGACGCCCCUCCGGCCGGGGCGCUAAGGUGGCGGCGAAGCCUGCCGAAGACUCGCCGCCCGACACGGACCCGACAUCCUUGUCCUCUUUCCCUUCCGGUAGAUCCACCGACCCCGCCACCUCCCAGCACAAAUCCCCUCUCUCUGGGUUUCAACCGCACCAGGACGACGACGAUGAGGCUUGGACUCAAUCGGACAAGAGGGCCUUGAGGCGGAGGCUGCUGGACAUCAUCCACCGCUUCUACCUCGACGCCAUCUCGCGGUUGCCCCCAGUCGAGUUCAGGAGGACCACCGGCCUCACGCGGGGCCUCUUUGUCGGUGGCCACUGCUUCGGUCCACUCCACCCCGUCCACAACAUCGUCGUCAACUCCAUCUGGUACGCCGCCGCCUUUCCCGUCCGACGGCCCGCCGGCAGCGACGACGAAGAUGAGGCCAACGCACUGCUCAGCACCGACGGCAUCGCCCGUAUCUGCCACCGCUCUCUCGACGGGCUAGUGGCCGCCCUCCGCCACCUGUGCCCCUCACUCUCCAACGGUGAUGCUCUGUGGCGGCUCUUCUCCACUAGCGCUGACCUCACCGCUGCCGUCGCACUGGCAAACGGGGUCAGCAAAUCAAGCGCGCUGCGUGUCGUCGCGUCUCAGGGCCAUGCCGCUUUUCAUCUGGCUGCACUGGUUGCGCAACACCCCGAUCCCACAGCCUUUGCUCACUUCGCAUCAUCAGCGUUACCUUCUAUCAAUGGGCAACACAACAUUGUUCAGCUCUUGAUCAUGAAGCAUAUGCUCGCAUCUCGGCACAUCAACUACCUCUCUAAAGUGCUGGUGCCGUCAUCACCACAUGAACCUUCUGUGCCACCUCUCAUGCUUAGCACACAAGUCCUUGACUGCAUUGCAUCUCAGAAGCAGCAAUUCAAGGGCAUAGGAAAACAAGUGGUCAAUGUUGUCAACAUGGCACUGCAAGAAUACACUCAACGGUCUGGUGAACAGCUGAAGCUUCAUUCUGUGUGUGGUGCUGGUCUGCUAAAGGAGGAGGGACUAGAGAACUGUUACCACAUCAAUUUCCUGGCAUACCACGAGGGCUCUGGUUCCGCAGUAGCCGCCCCUGUGCUCUUCUUCACUGAGGCAAUUAUUCCUUCUUGUGAUGAGACUGAUAUCCGCCUAUGUGUGCCAGUUGAUCCUGUCACAGACAUUGGCCGCUGCUUUGCUUGUGAGAGCAACAGGAAGAAGGUUGUUCACCCCUUUUAUGAUGAAUACCUUGGUGGCCGUGAAUUUCAAGAGGAUGAAGUCAACUAUGGCAAUGAUUUUCCAAUUCCCUUGGAUGCGGACUAUAUCUUUUUUGAUGCUGAUAGAGACAUGGCUUUUGCAAAUUACUUGUGGAGGGAGAGCACGGGUCAUUGA